AUGAAACGGCUGUGGGUGGUCGGGCUUCUUUGUGCACUUCUAGCAUUUGCUGCUGUGAGAGCUGAAGAUGAUGAGGUCGACGUCGACGCAACGGUGGAGGAAGAGUUGGGAAAAAGCCGGGAUGGUUCCAGAACAGAUGAUGAGGUGGUGCAGAGGGAGGAAGAGGCUAUCCAGCUAGAUGGCUUGAAUGCAGCUCAAAUUAAAGAAUUAAGAGAGAAAUCGGAAAAACACAUGUUUCAAGCUGAAGUCAACCGUAUGAUGAAGCUCAUCAUCAACUCUCUCUACAAAAACAAAGAGAUCUUCCUCAGGGAGCUGAUUUCUAACGCCUCAGAUGCUCUGGACAAGAUCCGCUUGCUGUCUCUGACUCAUGAGGAUGCUUUGGCUGCCAAUGAAGAACUGACCAUAAAGAUUAAAUCUGAUAAAGAGAAGAACAUGCUCCACAUCACUGACACCGGUAUUGGAAUGACUAAAGAGGAGCUGAUUAAAAACUUGGGUACCAUUGCAAAGUCCGGCACCAGCGAGUUCCUCAACAAAAUGUCGGAGAUGCAGUCUGAGGGCCAGUCUACCUCAGAGCUGAUCGGACAGUUCGGUGUGGGAUUCUACUCUGCUUUCCUCGUCGCCGACAAGGUCAUCGUAUCGUCCAAGCACAACAACGACACUCAGCACAUCUGGGAGUCGGACUCCAAUCAGUUCUCGGUGAUUGAAGACCCCAGAGGGGACACACUGGGAAGAGGAACCACCAUAACGCUCGUUCUGAAGGAGGAAGCCUCAGACUUCUUGGAGCUGGAAACCAUCAAGAACCUCGUCAGGAAAUAUUCUCAGUUCAUCAACUUCCCCAUCUACGUCUGGGCUAGCAAGACUGAGACAGUUGAAGAGCCUAUUGAGGAGGAUGCUGAGACAGAAGAACCAGAGAAAGAGGCUUCUGAAGAUGAGGUUGAAGUCGAGGAAGAGGAGGGAGAGGACAAAGAUAAGCCAAAGACGAAGAAGGUUGAAAAGACCGUAUGGGACUGGGAACUGAUGAACGACAUCAAGCCCAUCUGGCAGAGACCGUCUAAGGAGGUGGAGGAAGAUGAAUACAAGGCUUUCUACAAAACCUUCUCUAAGGACAGUGAGGAUCCUCUGACUCACAUCCACUUCACGGCUGAGGGGGAGGUCACCUUCAAGUCCAUCCUUUUUGUGCCCAGUGCUGCUCCUCGUGGCCUCUUUGAUGAAUAUGGCUCCAAGAAGAACGACUUUGUCAAGCUGUUUGUCAGGAGAGUUUUCAUCACAGAUGACUUCAAUGAUAUGAUGCCCAAGUACCUCAACUUUGUCAAGGGAGUGGUGGACUCUGAUGAUCUUCCUCUGAAUGUGUCCAGAGAAACGCUGCAGCAGCACAAACUGCUCAAGGUCAUUCGCAAGAAGCUGGUCCGUAAGACUUUGGACAUGAUCAAGAAGAUUGCUGAGGAGCAGUACAACGAGAAGUUCUGGAAGGAGUUUGGAACAAACAUCAAGCUGGGUGUUAUUGAAGAUCACUCCAACAGGACCCGUCUGGCCAAGCUGCUUCGCUUCCAGACCUCCAACAGCGAAACAGGCUUGGCCAGCCUGGAGCAGUAUGUGGAGCGCAUGAAGGAGAAGCAGGACAAGAUCUACUUCAUGGCAGGAACCAGCAGGAAGGAGGCGGAGUCUUCUCCGUUUGUUGAAAAGCUGCUGAAGAAGGGCUACGAGGUGAUCUACCUGACCGAGCCUGUGGAUGAGUACUGCAUCCAGGCUCUGCCCGAGUUUGACGGCAAGCGCUUCCAGAAUGUGGCCAAGGAGGGCGUCAAGUUUGAAGAGAGCGAAAAGGCCAAAGAGAAGAGGGAGGCCCUGGAAAAGGAGUUUGAGCCUCUCAUGACUUGGCUGAAGGACAAAGCCCUGAAGGACAAGAUUGAGAAGGCGGUCCUCUCUCAGAGGCUGACUGACUCCCCGUGCGCCCUGGUGGCCAGUCAGUAUGGCUGGUCAGGAAACAUGGAGAGAAUCAUGAAGGCUCAAGCUUACCAGACAGGAAAAGAUAUUUCUACAAGUUACUACGCCAGCCAGAAGAAAACAUUGGAAAUCAAUCCCAAACAUCCUCUCAUCAAACAGAUGCUCGGCAGAGUAAAUGAUGAUGCAGAAGACCAGACCGCUUCAGAUCUGGCCGUAGUCUUGUUUGAGACGGCCACACUGCGCUCCGGCUACCAGCUGGCCGACACAAAGGCUUACGGAGACAGGAUAGAGCGCAUGCUCAGACUCAGCAUGAAUGUACCUCUGGAUGAGCAGGUGGAAGAAGAACCAGAGGAGGAACCAGAGGAACAAGCAGAAGACGACUCUGAAGCCAAAGAGGAAGUUGUAGAUGAUGAUGAUGAAGAUGAAACGACAGAGAAGGAUGAACUGUGAAGCACUGCAUGGGAGAACGUGGAACAGUGAAGCUGAGAACUGAAAACCAGUGGUUCUAGUUCUGCUGUGGUUAACGUUACCCUGGGUGGGUGGGGUUUCUGGGUUGGGGUUUUUUAAGGCAAGCAUUUGUUCAUUUUCAUUCUUUUUUUUUACAUUCCCUGUGACUGUAAAUUUUGUUAAUAUUUAACUGAAUUCUUUAUGGAAAAAUACGAUCCCGUAUUGAUCAAAUAAAUGUUUCCUUGAAAAAAUAAA